AUGAUUAUAUUACAAACCAAAACAAAAAACAUGGCCGCCGUGGCCUGGGUCAUUCUCCAGCUGUUCCUGUUUUUCGUUAGACAGAGCAAACGGCACCCUUUGUGGGCGCUCAUAAAUGUGUGCAUGGUGCUUUUGGCUCCUGUUUUAGCUGCACCCGACAGCUCGGCAUCAAUUGAAGUGAGAUUAUACGAUAAACCAAUUCACCAACCUAAACUGUCAAAAUCUGACAGUUCGCGAACUGUGUCAAUCGAUUCGUCUGAUGUACAUGUGAUUGCUGAAAAUAUUCAGGGUAAAUUUGCAUCUAUUGGUCAAAAGAAACAAGCUGAUGGAAGACUGCAUAUGCUCUCAUCUGAUUGUGGAGAAGAAGAUGAGAAAGAGUAUGCUCGUCUUCCCGGAGAUUGGAUAGCAGUUUUCCACUACUCUGAAAGAAGUGCAACCUCUGAUAAUGCAACAAGGGGUUGUCCCUCCGUUAUAGACAGGAUGCAGAAGGCGUUGAUGUUUGGAGCUUCAGCAAUUAUCAUACUGACUUUGAACCCCAAAAUCAUCAAGGAGCUGGAGGUGAAGCAGCUACUAGCCUACCCAGUCGUGGUAGUAGAAUCUCUGGAAAAUAUCACAAACUUUGUGGCAGUAUUAAGGAGCAAGGUGAAGACCCGGGCCAAGGUGACCUUUAGCUCAGUGCUAGCUUACUGGCAGAAAUUUCCCACUCUGACUCUGUGGGCAACUUGUGGACGCCCAAAUGGACGCAGCUUUCAUGAGUGGGAUGGAGUUAUCUGCCUUGGCACAAAAAUUGAAACUGGAGAUCAAGGAAAGGCAGACCCAGCGCAGUUCUGGAACUUUUUUUAUUCUGCAGCCUUUCUACUUCUUCUUUUACUUGUAAUGAAGGCACGCAUGAGAGACAGACACCUCAAUGGGACUGAUGACAUGGAGAUUGCAUUAAGGAAGCUAGCCCACAAAGCUCUCUCCAGGAUGAUGACCAGGAAGUGGCCUCCAAGUCAGGACCAGGAAAUAUGUGCCAUUUGCCUGGAUUAUUUUACACCAAAACAGAAAUUACGAGUUCUUCCUUGUGAUCAUGAGUUCCACACAAAAUGUGUUGAUCCAUGGCUUGUCAAAAAUCGUACCUGUCCUCUUUGUAAACUUAAUAUUGUAGAGAAAAUGGCUGUUAAGUGAACUGAAGAAAUGUGCUCAGAUAGCUCCAACAUUAAACUAUUUUGCUUGACCAGCAAAAGAUGGAGGGGAAUCAUCAACAUUUCGUAUCCCACUCUGUACCGCAAUUCUAUCAGCAGUCCACCAAACUGGAGAAAGCUUUCACCUGAAUAGUUCCUUCUGUGGACAUCUACUAUAGAACAAAAUAACUUUUUGAUUCUAAUUUUGAGCCAUGACUGAAAUGAUCUAUUGUUGUAACCGGACAGUCUAUAGGAAUUUUCUUAAGUAUCAUAAGAGCAUUUAUUGUUGGAUAAACCAUAUUCUAGAGAUAUGUGUCGUUGAUGUUGGUUUGUAAGCAUGCAAGAAUUUUUCCUGUGUUUACAUGUAUUUGAGUGAUUUCCUGAACGGUGAUCCAAUAUACCACUUACAUUGUAUUUCUUACUGAAAGGAGGGUUGUCAGAUUAGGAUAAUAUGCAGCCAUUUAGUGAUAAGCUUAAUUUUUGCUGAAAGAUACCUUAAUGUCAGCUGCUUAUAGAAUGAAAUCAUUAGAUUUUUGUGUAGGCUUAUUGGAAAUGUUGAGGUAAAAGUUGCUAGGGAUGUGGGGAGGGACAUCUUCGUUAUUCCAACAUUUAUUGUUGUUACUUCUGUGUGCUGGACACUUUUGGUAUAUACGUUUUCACACUUACACUAACAGUGUGAAGAAAAUGCCUUUUAAUCUUUGAAAACGUCUUGGUACAAAUUGAAUAUUAAACAAUUGGGUUUCAGAAGCAGUUGACUACAAAUACCUGCAUCCAUGAUUGCUUGUACAUGUACGAGGAUGUUAUGGUGAACAUUUUCAUCGGCCAGUAUUACUCAAUAGAAUGCCUAUCAUUUUUGCUUCUUUCGAUGUGCUUCAUUUGUAGAAAAAUCAAAAUUUGUUUUGGUAACACGAUUCACAUUUCACGAAUUGCGUAGAAAUCUUGUCAGUAAUUUUUUUGAUGUAGUAUAAUGCAUUCUGUCUAUAUCAGGUUUUUCUGGGAUUGGUGUUUUGUUAAGCACAUACAAAUGCCAAAGCUUUAGAAUAUUUAUAAUCAUAUUGAUGUACUACCUCCGAUGCCUCUGUUAAUUUUGUUUGAAUACUAGAGGAAGGAUUCGAACCAAAAGUGCAUGUAUUUAAAUCAACAUUCAAAAUCGUUUGUAAAAAAUAUAUAUUUUUUUAUGUUAUAUCUAUACUCUUAUGGAUAAUCAUGAUAAAUGUAUUUAUCCUAUUCUGUUGAAAAUUGAUGUUUAGCAAGAAGAAAAGAGACGAUGAAAUCACUUGAUUAAAUUUGAUAACAUGGUUAUUUCUGACCCGCAAAACUUGUCAUUUUGACUCCUUAAAUUGACAAAGGACCCCAAAUAAAUAAAAUUUUGCUCAUUUUCAUACAUGACGUGAGGCUAUUGACUCUUAAAAGUUUCUGACAAUGGCGAAAAUGCUAGAUAUAGAUACAAAAGAUUGUGUGAUAUUUGAGUCCAAUCUAAAAUAUAAAAUUCUUAAGAGAGUCAAGGUUAAAUUUCAUUGUUGAGGGAUGAAUCAACUUUGCCUUGGUUUUUUUUCCCUGUAAGUUAGAUAAGUUAUUUGCCAAAUGUGACUUUUUAUUAUGACCCUGAAAAUUUGAGUGCUAAAUGUUUUUUGUACUCAUGACUUUUUAUCCAUAGCAUGUGAUUGUUGUUUUUCUUUUUCAUUUUUCAUUCAUAGAAAUGGUAUGGCAUUGUGAUAACGUUAUACAAAGACAUAUUGAUUUUUUAAAAAUUCAAACCUAGUCUAAAUAGGAAAAUUUAACUGAUAUCUUUAAAACAUGAUGUCGUCAAUAUUAUGAUAGUGUGUUACAUUAUCUGAAAGAACAUUUUAAUUAAUUGUAUGUAAAAGGAAAUUUUAACUGAAACAUAUCUCUCGUGUAGUUACCCUGUUGUGAGUGUUAUAACACCCAUUCCGUAUUUUUUUCUGACAAUACCUGUAAUAUAACAUAUCAAAGCUGUGAUUGGAUAUAGGGUCUGAUAGGUUAAGUUGUGCCUCCAUGAUGUCAUGACACCAUAUACAUUGUGAUGUCAUUAAAAAAGAGACAUGGAGCGCAAUUAUCAUCAAGACCGAUUUAUUAUCAAUGUUAUGAAAUGCAGUUUAAGUGGAUGUCAUGCGAUAAACAGUAUCUUACAUUCUUAGCCAUUUUGAUUCUUUAAACUCAUUAUAAGCUUCAUUUAACCUGGCAAGGGGCUUGGUGGAAAACCAUACUUAGACUCUGAACAUUGUUUUAUAAAUCAAUAUGAAAUUGAAAUUGUUGUAAGAACCUCUACAUGACACUAAAUCUGUUUAUUUGUUGAAUGAUGAAUUCUGUGUUCUCCCUCUGACGACAUACAGGAACAAAUUUGUGAGAUAUAUAUAUAUCAAGUGAUGACAAAAAUCAUUUAAAAUGUAAUUGUUAUUUCAAGUAUUUCUUUGUUGAUACACUGAUAAAUCUUAGUGUAAAAAACACACAUUCUAUAUAUAGUAUCCUAUAUCUGACAGUAAUAUCAUGUUUUAACUAUUGAUUGGCUGCACAAACAUUUAAAUAACUCCAGCAUUGUGAGUUAUAUAGCAAAACAUCCAGUUAUAUGAAGAUUAUUUUUUUCUAAAUACGUUAUAAAAAAAAACAAAAUUAGCAUGAUUGAAAAUCUGUAUACAGAACUAGACUAAAGUUUACUUACCUGUAUGUUUUAAAAGUUGAAUUUUUAUUUAUUAAUGUUUAAACAUGAAUUUAUGAAUAUGUAAACACAAUAUAUUUACAUUUAGGUGAUAUAGUAAUGUAAAUAUACUUAGGGUAAUUAACAAAUUUUCCAUUCUUUUUAACAAGUAUGUUAAGGUGUGUUAACAUAUUUUCACAGAAAACUAAGAUAACUUAAGUUUUAAAAAAGGCACUAAUUAUUUAGAAGUAAUUACUAUCACUGUUGUACAAACAGUAUUAUUAACUCAUGGUUAAUAGUUUUCAUUUAAAUAAUGAUCCUCUUCAGAUAGUUUAUGAAUUUUAUACCUUUUUAGAAAAAAUAAAUGAUCGUAUUGCAAAGUGAAAAUUUACUUUUUCGUUUUGGUAGAUCUGUUAUCUUAAUUAUUUGAUAUUUAUACACAACUUAUAUACAUAAGUGCAAAAGUUAGUAUACCCAGUAAAAUGAAAAAUUAAAUUUUACAAAAAAAAAUAGUUUUAUCUUAACAUUAUCAUUUA